UCUCUGCUGCCCAACAGCUCUUGUGGGGAUGAAGGCACGGACUGUUCACGUGUCUGGGGGAAUCACAUCCUGGUCCUUCCGGGAGGAUCCCUGGUACCUCCUUCGCCUUCCAGGCCGCGUCUGGGGACACUUCUGCCCGGUUCUGAUAAGAACGUGCAGAGCCUGGGUUCCAAGAUGGAGGGGCAGUCAGGGCAGAAACGCCAGCUUUCUCACCUGUCAGUGGAGAGCUGUGACCCUGGAGCUUCCAGGGUGACCCUGAAUGUGGGAGGGGGCAGGGGGCUCGCAGUCCUCUGGGCACCCCGGCCCGCCCAGUGGGCUCCCGCAGACCCAGCACUGGGCUGGGAGCCGGGCGGGAGGGGGAAGCUGGUUGUUAGGUGCACAGACGCCAGGCGAUGCCUGCAGAGGGCUGGAGCGGCCCACGUGCCCUCCCGGAGGUCACCAGAGCUCCGAUGACAGGGUUGGACUCACAGAGGAGGAGGGAGGGAGGGGUUAGCGCCUUUGCAGGGAGGCUUGUGUAACCGCUCUGCCUGGAGCCCGGCCAGGGGGCCAGGGUGUGGAGCGAGAAAACAAAAGGCUGGGAGCACAGACCCCACAGGAGCCGCCCGCAGAAGUCAGGGACUGAGCUUCCCCUCAGCAUUGGCUGCACCUCCCAGCGACAGUUCAGCACCCUUUCGUGUGGCUUGCCGGCUGGGAAUUUCAUCCCAGGUGACCUCCGUUUGAGGUCUGGAGAGCCUUGUAAGUAGGGGAUUGGGACAGACCAGCUUGUCUGGCGCAUGUGCGGCCGAGUGUGUAGGACUGCGGGGACGGCACAGAUGAGGGGGGCGUGGGCCUCUGCCUUUUCCCCGCCUGCCCUGCUGCAGUGGGUCUCCUUGGACACGGUGACUGAGCGCCGAGCCGGAGGAGCCCCGGGAAGGGGUGGUGCCAGAAUCUGAGGAGCAUCCAGAAAAGCCGCCUUCGCCAGCGUCCACAGGACGUGGAAACACCUGACGCCCGACAGAGGAAGUCAGAGCCAGGCUUCUGAUGGCUAAACGAGGCGGGCCGGUCCAGCGUGCGCAGUGGCUGUGUUUCCCUAACGCCCACCUGGCCGGUGAAUUAUGCCCGUCUCCACCGGUGACCGUCGUGGUGGCAGACACACCAGGGGAGCCGCGCACACACGAAUUCUCCAGCUGACCAUUCAUAAACGUUAAUCCCGAAGCGAGUCACUCAAAAAAGAAAGCUCCGGAGGAGGGGGGGCGGCUCUCUGUAAAACACGGAGUUAAACUCAGGAUUGGAAAGUGUUGACCGCAGCCUGUCUCCGAUUCGUUGGUCCUCGGAGGCAGCGAUGUGGUGCCAUGUGGAGUGAUAAACACUGACUCAGGAAGGAAGGGCACGCGGGGCCCUGGUUCCCUACAAGUACCUGGCCGCUCAGUUCUGCGGAGCAGGACCUGCAGAUAGAGCGGCGGCUGUGGCUCCAGGGCUGUCCCGCCCACCGACUGAAGCAUCACCGCUCGGCGGGGGGCUGAGCCACAAAGACCCUGGCAGGCCGCCGCCCGGCGGUAGCGCAGCUGGGUUCACAAGUUCAGCCGAGAGCGCGCUCGAGUCGAUACACCCCUUUCGCUGGAGAGGAGAGUGGGAGGGCGCGAGGGGAGCGGCGUGUGAGCAAAACCGAGCGUGGACACAAGUGAAAUCUGAUCGCGCGCCAGGAAAAGCGUGCGGAGCCAGAAGCCCCAGAGGGGCGAGCGGCCCGAGUUGGGCGAAGCCAUGCGGGGCUGCUGAGCGCGGGCGGCGGCCGGAGAGAGCGCCCCCAUGGAGAACCGGGUGGCCCCCUCCUGCGUCCUCUACCCGGGGGACGACCACGGCCGCGGCGCCGAGCCCGGGCGCGCCUUUACGCAGGGAGCGUGCGGCCAGGCCGGGGACCGGGGCGGCGUUCCCGAGGUUCCGGGAGAGGGCAGCCUGCAGCCGCUGGACGCGGCCGCGGGGGAGGGCGCUGCGUCCCCGGCGCAGACACCCUGCAGUCUGAGCGCGUCCCUGUGCUUCAGCUCCGGGGACGACUCCCCGCCGCAGUCUCGCGCCUCCGCAGCGGAGGGCGCAGCGGCCUCCCCGCCCUCGAGUCGCAGCGGCCAGCGGGUGGUGGAGAGGCAGUGGGAGGUCGGCAGCGCGGGCGCCGCGUCCCCUGAGGAGCGCACAUCCCCGGAGGAGCCCGAGUUCCCGGAAGAGUCCGUGUCCCCCGAGGAGUGCGCGUCCCCGGAAGAGCCCGCGUCCGCGGGGGAGCGCCCGCCGGCCGAGGAGCCCGCGUCCCCGGAAGAGCCCGGGGACUCCGCGCCCGUGCCCCCCGGCGUCGGGCCGGAGCACGGGGAGCCCGACCUGGUCAUCGAGGUGUCGGGCCGCCGGCUCCGGGCGCACAAGGCGGUGUUGGCGGCGCGCAGCGACUACUUCCGCGCGCGCGCGUCGCGGGACGUGCUGCGGGUGCAGGGCGUGGGCUGGGCGGCGCUGCGGCUGCUGCUGGCCUACGCGUACAGCGGGCGCAUGGCGGGCGUGCGGCCCGACAACGUGGCUGAGGUGGUGGCCGGCGCGCGCCGCCUGCAGCUGCCCUGCGCCGCGCAGCGCGCCACCGAGGCUGUGGCGCCGCAGCUGAGCCUGGCCAACUGCUACGAGGUGCUGAGCGCGGCCAAGCGGCAGCGGCUGGCGGAGCUGCGCGACGCCGCCUACCGUUUCAUGAGCGACCACUACCUGGAGGUGCUGCGCGAGCCCGCCGUGUUCGGGCGCUUGUCCGGCGCCGAGCGCGACCUGCUGCUGCGCCGCCGCCUGCGUGCCGGCCGGGCCCGCCUGCUGGCCGCCGCGCUCGGGCCGGCGGGGGAGCGCGCGGGCAGCCGCCCGCAGAGCCCGUCGGGGGACGCCGAGGGCCGCGGCGACGCCGCCGUCUACUGCUUCCAGGAGGCGGCCGGCGAGUGGCGCGAGCUGACCCGGCUGCCGGAGGGCGCGCCUGCGCGGGGCUGCGGCCUGUGUGUCCUCUACAACUACCUCUUCGUGGCUGGCGGCGUGGGGCCCCCGGGCCCUGACGGCCGUGCGCGGCCCUCGGACCAGGUCUUCUGCUACAACCCGGCCACCGACCAAUGGAGCGCCGUGCGGCCGCUGCGCCAGGCGCGCUCGCAGCUGCAGCUGCUGGCCCUGGACGGCCACCUGUACGCCGUGGGCGGCGAGUGCCUGCUCAGCGUGGAGCGCUACGACCCGCGCGCCGACCGCUGGGCCGCCGUGGCCCCGCUUCCCCGGGGCGCCUUCGCCGUGGCGCACGAGGCCACCACCUGCAACGGCGAGAUCUACGUGUCGGGGGGCUCGCUCUUCUACCGCCUGCUCAAGUACGACCCGCGGCGCGACGAGUGGCUGGAGUGUCCGUGCAGCAGCAGCCGCGAGCGCUCGGCCGACAUGGUGGCCCUGGACGGCUUCAUCUACCGCUUCGACCUGUGCGGGGCCCGCGGCGACGCGCCCGCGGCCGGGCCGGCCGGAGGGGUCAGCGUGCUCCGCUACCACUGCCUGGCCAAGCAGUGGGGCCGCUGCGCCUCGCACCUGCGGCCCCCGGGCGCGCCGUCUGGCCUGCAGCCCUUCCGCUGCGCCGCCCUGGACGGCACCAUCUACUGCGUGAGCCGCGCAGGCACUUGGCGCUUCGUGCCGCCCGCCGACAGCGAGCCCGGCGGGGACGCGGGCACGGAAGGCAGCUUCGAGCUCCAGUCGCUGCGAGCCCCUCCGGACGCCCGGGGUGUGCUCUUCCCGUUCGUGCUCAACCUGCCCGAGAAGCCCGACAGAGGCGAGGAGGGCUCCGCGUAGGGUGGCUGGGGUCGCCCAGGCGUGUCCCUCUGCGGCCCUGGGACAGGGGAGGCCCCGCGGGCCGAGAUCCCAACAGGGAAGCUGGAGUUGGGCCACGGCAGUGGAGGCGGGGAGGGAGAGUUGUGGGGUGGGCGCUGCCCACGGGGUCACUGAAACACAUAGACGGUAGAAGCUUGUCGCGGGGCCUUGAAGACCUUUUGCAAAACUGUGUUAAGGUCCGCUUCGCUGAUCUGCACUCCUCUCGCUUUGCUUCGCUUAGUGGGGUGGAUGGUGUAAGACGAGGAGUGUGUGCAAAUACGUACCCUUACAAAUAACAUACAAAACACCUGAGAAAGAGGAACUAGGAUGCAAGAUUAAAGCUUCAGGGUACAGUGGGUGGGGCCCGGAGUGUACCGCGGUGGACUGGUUGUACCCAGCAUGUAUUCGGGGUGUACUGGGGUGUCCCAGGGGCUGCUGGCAGAGUGGCCAGGAGGCCAGGCUUGAGUUCUGUGGGUGCAGUGUGGCUCACUGCAGGAUGAGAAGGCGCCAAGGCCCAAGAAUUGAGGUCCUAAAUUAGGCCAACGUGAACUAUAUUAGUGGAAUCACUGAAAGAGGGUCACAUGUCUUUUGGCUUGAGGCUUCAAAUUAUAACUGGUAAGUAAAGCUCUUAGACGUAACUUCCACGGGUUCAGUAUUUUCAAGUUAAAGGGUGGUCGUAGUUAUGCUCGCUGAGAGGAUAACGACGUGCUGUUAUUUGAGUUUUAAUCUCUGGUGACUGGACGUUUGCUGCAGAGCAUGUCUUCAGGGGGAAGCUGGCAGCAGACGUGGGUGCUGGUCUGUUCCAGAGGGAGCGCCAGGACCACCAGGUGCACUCGGCCGUUUUCACGUUUUAAAUGGGCUCAGGGAGAGUAGUGUUCCCCCCAGAGAAGGUUACAAUCUUUUCUGUUUGAGAGUUCUAAAGGGAAACCUGCAUGCACAGUUUGAACCCACUCCCUAUAAUGUUCUGAAUGUGAAUCCUGCGAUUCUGAUGAGGGAAGUUCCAUUUCUGCAAGCAUCGUUCUGAGAAAACGUGGCAGAGUGCCAAGGAGCAGGUUGACCUAUGGGGAAGUAACGUGUAUUUAACAUGUAGUUUAGCAGGUAAGCUACAUUUUCCUAAUUGUGAAUGCCAAAAUAUCUUAAUAGAGUUAACUUGAAAUUAACAGGGCACAAGGACCCACCCCCUCAUUUGUUACAGCAUUUUACUUUCCAAGUAGGUAUGGACGGGGCUUCCUGUUUAUUAAGAUUUUUACAAUACAGUACCCACUCAUCAACAGAGGCAAACUGAUUUGGAUUCUGAGUCCAAUCACUUUUUUAUUACAGUCAGAAAAGCACACGUGGAACGUGACUGGCGAGUAAGAAGGUGAAGUCACGUGCACCUGACUGGCUGACCCGUGAACCCAGUGACGGGAGUUUAGCUCUGUGCCAGUCCGGGGGUAGAUGGGAAGUAGGUUAUGCUUUUUAGAGGGUCUGUGGCUAGGAAAGCCGUCUGUUCAGCGUGGUGAGGAAGGACGCCAUGGAUCACGCCUGUGCUCCAGGACCAGGCGGGACCAUUGCAGCCCGAGUGCGUCCUGCUGACUUGUGUGCCUGCCCACGCCUGCUCUUGCCAGGAGACGGUGUCUUCGCAGCUUGGUUCAUCAUCUUAGGAAAGGAAAACUGGCCUCAUAUCACCCGACUUCUUUGGCUUCUUUGUCGCAGUCGACUGGAGACAUAGUUGGAGAAAAAGAGUUCAGAUCCAACAGAAAUAAGUGAUGUUCUUUUAAAGACAUGAGUGUUUCUCGCGGCCGGACAUUUUUACUCUGGAAUUUCAGCACUUUUGCUAAAACUUCCAUGUGAAAUGGAAACAGGCUAGUAUUGUUGUUCCUUCAGUAUCAACCCCAUGAAGUAUCAUCACCGUGAUUUCACUUGGGAAAUCAUUCCUAUGAUGUUUACUGUUUAGAAACGUGAACGGUGGAAGCGGGCUUCCCUUAAGAGGGUGGGAGUCGUGUUAGACGCCGGUGGACAGCUGAGUGAUGGCGAGCCCAGCCGGAGUGCUGUCUGUUACUUUCACCCUUUGGUUGAAUGUCUGUAUACGCAGAGCACCUCUUCCUCUGGGAGCUGGUCCCGGAACGCCUGGGGUUUGUCAGCCUGAAAUACCCGAGGAAGCCUAGAGUGGAGAGGGUGCAGAACCUUAGAGACCGGGUUUCUGAUAGUGACAUCACCGAGAACAAGCCCUGAGGACCUGGCGUGCCGUGAGAGCCAGAUCGCUUUGCUUUCCGGGGGCAGUGCCUGGGGUGUGGGGCCAGGAGGGUGUGCACCAGUUAAACACGUGGAAAAGCCACCCCACCCAAGAUCGUUGGUUUGGAGGACUGCUGGGGGGAGGGGCAGGCAUGGCCGAUACUGGCCGCAGCUCUGAGGGUCCCAGGAAGCACCUCGUUAUGUUCAAUGUGAAGCGCUAAGUCUGCUUGCAGCUCUGUGUGGGGAAACAGGGCAGAAAUACUCCUGAUCUUGGAUCAGUGAAGAGUCAGAUGAACCUAACACACUGAGGAUGGCCAUCCAUAGUUCUCACGAAAUUAAGCAGUGCAUGCGCACUGACACAUCCGGACCCCGGAAAGAGCAGCGGCAUUUUAAGGGGAGAGUGAUAUUCCGGAAAGCUUCCUCUUGCGGUUAGCUGACCAGCCGUGACUUGGGUAUUGUCAGUUGGGGUUCAUUCAGAGCCCAAGGGAACAGGGCUAAGAUGCCUUCAUUUUCUUUCUGUCUUCACUCUUGGUCUUGGGACCCACCCAGCGCCAGCUUGGACUCAUGGCUGCGUUUGGAACUUGGUGACUUGACUUCUGAAUCUGUGGCCACACCUGUUUCUUUUUCCUUGAAGAGAAUGAACGCUGUGGGAAUUCGUUGGCUGCUGAGUUAAAACUCCUACCUGGAUCAGUUUUGCUGCAAAUACUUACAAACACGAGUCACCUGCUCCAUUUCUGUUAAUUUCUGGUGACCCCUUAGUGAUCCUGGUAACCCCUGUUUAACCCGCCGGUCUCUUGGGUAACUUCCUGAGAAAGAUUCUCAAAUGAGAUGUUUUUGGUUCUUUGCCUUUCCCUGAGGUUCAGAUGGUCUCAGGACAUAGUCUGUGAUAACACCUUCCUGGGCUGAAUGUAAACAGAACCACUGUUUCGUAUUGUCUUGCUUUAGAUGCUUUCCUAGCUUCCAAAAUGUUUUAUCUUGGUGUUAAAAAAAAAUCAGAGUUCUGAUUUCCCCCUUCCCUCUGCAGUGGCAUUAUUCCAAGAAGAUGGUAGGGUCUGAGGUGGAAGUGCGCACGCGUCCCGGUUGCAUCCACAUUCCUGUCGGCGGCGCGUUUCUCCAGGCUCUCCCCGUCCAGGAGGGUGCCUGGACCACGUGGCGCCAGCUCUCCGCGCAGCCGCGGGCAGGUGGGCACUGUCUCCGUGCUUGGGGAACUGGUUUGAAAUGAAGGGAAAUAAAAGGCUCAACGUGUUCUCAUGCGAGAUGAAAACUCCCCCAAGGCUUCUUAAAGCUCUGCACGGGCCCCGGAGCUGCCGGGGUUAAAGACACGUCACACCCGUUGAGAGACAGCCCAGGCGGCUGACACUGUCUGCGCCGCGUGCGGAUCAAGGCCCGGCACCUAUCCCGUAAAACCGUGUCUGUCUGUCUGUCUGUGCCAAGAUGAAAUAAAUCGCUGGGUGAUGCCAGUGCUCCUGAAA